GAUUUGGGCCGGCGCGUUUUAGUUGUCAUCUUUUGUCGCCACCCCAAUUAAUACCUCAAUAUCAAAUUUGCGCUCCUUUUUCUCUGUCUCUAUCCCCCUCCCCCGCUCUCUCUCUCUCUCUCCCUCCCUCUCUCUCUCUCCAGGUUCGAGUAAAGCAUCUCCACUUUCUCCGCUCGCCAUGUCUUUGCGUAGGCGGACAUUGCUCAAAGUCAUCGUCCUCGGCGACAGCGGGGUUGGCAAGACAUCAUUGAUGAAUCAAUACGUACAUAAGAAGUUCAGUCAGCAAUAUAAAGCUACAAUUGGGGCUGAUUUCGUCACAAAAGAGCUACAGAUAGAUGAUAGGCUCGUCACUCUACAAAUAUGGGACACAGCUGGGCAGGAGAGGUUUCAGAGUCUUGGCGUUGCCUUUUAUAGAGGGGCUGAUUGUUGUGUUCUAGUAUAUGAUGUUAAUGUUUUGAGAUCAUUUGAUACUCUUGACAAUUGGCAUGAAGAAUUUCUCAAACAGGCCAGCCCACCUAAUCCAAAGUCAUUUCCAUUUAUAUUACUGGGGAACAAGAUUGAUGUUGAUGGUGGAAAUAGCAGAGUGGUCUCUGAGAAGAAAGCUAGGGACUGGUGUGCUUCAAAAGGCAACAUACCUUACUUUGAGACAUCGGCAAAAGAGGAUAUCAACGUUGAUGCUGCAUUUCUUUCUAUUGCAAAAAGUGCUCUAACCAAUGAGCACGAGCAGGAUAUAUACUUCCAGAGCAUCCCUGAAGCUGUUUCAGACACAGAGCAACGAGGUGGCUGUGCAUGUUGAACUGGAAGUAAUACAUUGGUUUUAACACAAUUGUACCCGCUGGCAGUCUAAUCCUUUUACAAAUUUUUUGGGUCUUCUUGUGAUUCAUAGCCAUUUUUUCUUUGUUUGGUGCCCACAACUGGGAUGCGCCUGUUUUUGCACUCUCACUCACCAUCUCAGUCCAUAGCAGCAGCAGCCUCAAGCUUUUGUAGAAACUUGUAUUUGGGUUUAUCGACCAUUGUUGUUUUUUGCAGCUUUGACUGUAAUCAACUUCUUGCCUUUGAUUGUUUUGAAAUUUUUUGUUGUUGUUUCCAUCUAUGUGAAAUUUAUUUACCAGAGUUGGCCUUUUCUGGUAAAAAUGUUGGAAUAAUUUUCACAGAAGUUAGCAAGAAGAGGAGCGUAGAUUGCACUUUCUGGUC